AGGAAAUUGUAGAUGAAAUACAGAAUACAUUCCAGAGACUGGCGAUGAAGUAAUAAUGCACCUCGGGAUCUCCGAAAUACGCCUCCAAAAAACAAAACAUGAAUCAACACACAUUCGGCCACAUUUUAGUGGAAUAGUAAACAGUUUAGUGUAUAUCCUCGUUGUGUUGGUGCUCGAUGCAUAUCAUAAAGCAGUGGUUUCGGACUCCCCUUAACUUGAUAGCAUUCGGUGGAAGGCAGUGUCGAACGCAGCGCUUUUGCGUAUUCCGGAUGCGCAAAUCUUCAGCCCGAAGAUAUACACGCCAUAUCCCGGAUAAAUAGUGUCUAGUCUGAUAAAUUCUAAUCGUCCCUCCAAAAUCAGUAUUAAAAAUGACGGACUACAGCCAGACUGCCACGGUCACACAAACCACGACAGUGACUCAGCCAUACAUACGCUACGAUCCGGAGUAUUUUAAGACGAUCCCCGGUAUGGUCAAAAUCGGCUGCAUCGUUCUCAAUCUGAUCGGAUUCAUCUGCAUCGAGGUGUCCUAUUUCAGCUACCAUUCACGGGGAUCAUUCUUUAACACGGUGGCCAUGAUAGGCUUCUGGUUCACCGGUAUCAUGCUAGUCUUCUACGUUUUUCACGUGUGCGAAAAGUUUCACAAAAUACCGUGGUUAAAAAUAGAGAUGUACUUUUGUGCUGCUUGGGUCCUGCUUUACAUGCUGGCCUCGUCAUUGGCUGCUGCAACAAACGUAGAAGCGUUCCAAGCGGCCGCAUUUUUCGGAUACUGUGCAAUGAUUGCCUACGGGUAUGAUGCAUUCCUCAAAUACAAAGCCGUCACAGCCGGUGAGAUUGCACAAGGCUCGCGAUCCGUCCAGCAGCAGCAGCAGCAACAAACAAUUUCAACAGUCACCACCUACUGAAAGCAUGGCCAUUUAUAUACCUCUGGAGCUUAAUUUCUCCCGGAAAUACCGCCGAUCCACUUAUCGAAGAUCUAAACUUUCGUUUCUAGCUGAGAGUGAAGUUGUGUUUUGAGAUAUCUCUUGAAGUAUUUCUUUUAUUAAGUUUCGAUUUCUUUGUAUAGUACAUUUUACAAACAG